UUGUGUGUGCCCCUUUUGAGCCCCUUUAAAAUUUUUUUUAUUUUUUCCAAUGCGGUUGCUUUUUCCUACCUGUCAGAUAAAUCCAACAAUGUAACUGAACCUCUGAGCUGCCAUUCUUGAAUAGCGCUCCUUGAAAAUGACUGGCCUUGCCAAAAGGCGGCGUACUGCUCAGCAAAUCCUCCUGCGACGAGCCCUAGCCAAAAGUGUUAGCGGAGGGCAUGUUUUGACCGAAUCAGGGCUGGACCAUGGUGGUGUUGUGGUAUCUCCCCCUUCGAGAAGAGAUUCCACAUUGGUCGGCGAAAUCCAGGAGAGAUCCUCGUCGAGAGCACCAAUGAAACUGCACAGGAUUUUGGCAUCCAGUCCGCUUAGAGCUCUCCGGGAGAGGAAGACGGCAGGAAAUCUGCCAGGAUGCGACCUCCAAUCGAGGGACUCACGUUCGUGCGGGAAGCUAAAGCCAAUUGAGGACAACCGAACUUUAAGUGGUCACAGCUUGAAAACCAGAGAACUUUCCAGGGGCAGCUCUCGGUCGCGACAUAGUACCAGCAAUUACCCAUCCACCUGGCACCUUAAUAUCAGCAAGGCCAAAGAGGAACUGAAGAGAAAUUCAAAAGGAUCUCUGGAGGAAAUUAUCAAUUGUUCGAUUCUCAAUCGCACCCCCUAUGAUCAUCAGCUUAAUACACCCCUCAAGUCGGAUAAUUCCUGCCAGUGCACAAUCAAAAAGAGAGCUAGAAAAAGAGUAAAGAAAAACAAGGCAGUUUCUGUGGCCGAAACCCAGACAAUCAGCGAAAAUGAAAUAUGGAAUUACUCUGAGGAAAGGAAAUCCCCAGCUUCGGUUGGAUUUCAUAUACUGCAGAAGAGGGUCAACAGUGGCGAGGAUUUUAAACCAAAUCGAAUGGUUUCCAAAACACCAUCAAGAAGUAGUGGCAACUCAAGGAUUUCUUGUGGGUGUAAACAACACUUUUCAGGACCAACUCUCAAGAACUACGACAGUUAUAGUCCCUCGGAAACGGACAUUGAAGUGGGGGAUGAGUACGAACCAAAGAUCCCGUGCCGGUGUGAUUAUCUAAACAAAAUAGAGAAGGUAAGCAAACCCCCUACAAAUAUUGGGACCAAGUGGGGCCUUAAAAUGCCCAGCAAUACGGAAGUCCAAGAAUAUAUGGCUAGGGGAAGUCAAGAAUACGUACCAGUGCGCCAAAGCAAAGAUAUGGAUCAAGAUAGGGGAGUUCAAAGAAGAACUUCCAAUUCCCAAUAUGAAAAUAAAAGAGGAAAGGUAUGCCAAUCAAUAAGUUGUAAGGCAAACCACAGGAUAUUAAAGAGUCAGGGUGUGAAUCACUCAGAAGUCUCGUACGAUUCCUUUAUUGAGCCACCGAAGGAAUUUUACGAAAGAAAUAAAUUACCUACACAAACCAGCCUUUCGCUUGAAAAAUUUGGUCAUCGCAAUAAUAAUGUGGAAAGUGGAGAAAUGUUGGGUGAACGUGGAACUCAAAAUGAAUAUCAAGACGACGUUAAAACGUAUAGUAGAAACUCUCCACAUUUGUAUCAAACUGCAACCAAUGAAUAUCCGUACUAUGGUCAUAAAGAAUACUCGGCGAAUGAUUCGGAUACUCCAAGAAAAAGGCACGACUCACAGGACAAUUACAACCAGAUGGAUAAAAGGUCCUAUAGACAAGCUAAAGCCCCAGGACGAUCUAAAAAAACUUCUCGAAGUUUUGAUACUGAAGACUCAUUCCGUGGUUCCUUUGAAAUGGGAAAUGGAAGAUAUGCUGACACGCGCAGUCCCAAAUGCACUGUGGGUGUCACUCAGACAUCAGCUCUGUUUUUGGAAGGACCCCGCGGAAAUGAUGCCAACUAUCAGAAAAUAUCUCAUAAUGCUGCACUGCCCAGGCAACAAGUUCCAGGAUUUAAUCAAGAGCAACGAAGAUCAGAUAGAUCCAAAACAGGUGCACGAAAUCUGGAAAGUAUCAAUCAGUCCAAUAAGGCACAGCAACCAACGCCAACUGGGUUAAGUUUAGUAACAUCAAACACGCUUAUAAUUAAAUCACACGAAGAUCAAAUCCAAUCAAAUUCUGUAGAGCUUAAAAAGCGAGAAAGGCAACGAAAUCAGGAUUAUAUUGAACCAGCAAAACCGGAUAAGUCCCAACAGCCUCGUCUCGCUAAAAGAGAGGCUGUUAAACCACGUAAUCCAGUUCAAUAUAAGCUACAAAAAGCAGAAGCUAAAAGUUUCAAACUUGUGCAUUCCAAUUCCCUUAUAAUUCAAUCCCAGGAAAACCAAUCCAGCUCAUUAGAAAUUGCAUUGCCCAAAGUGACUGCUCCGAAAAAUAAGAAGCCAAUUUGCACGAAAAAACGAAAAAGUAGUAGAUGUUGCAGUUGUUGCAGUAGAUGUAGUUCUCGAAAAAGAUCUGUGAAGAAGCCUUCAGCAUACGAAAAGCCAAUAAGCAAUGUGUGUGAAAAAUGCCCAUCCAAAAGAUCAGUUGCAAAGAAUCAGGAUGGAAAACGCAAGUCAAUACGUAAAGAGCAAGUUCCAAAACAUGGGGACGCUUGUGACGUGAGGGAAAUUUUAAAUAUUCUCCAAAAAACCGUGGCAGGUCUCGAAAAGCAAAUAAAUUCUAGAAAAGGAUUCGGACAGUGUGAAAAUUCCAAGACUGCAGAUGGAGGCCGACCACAACCUAAUUCUUACAAGCGGAAAAAUGUCCAUAAACAAAGAGAAGCAUUUCGUCAACCAAUUAAACCUAUCCAAAAUCAAUACUACGUUAAGGAGGAUAGCUCUCCACAACUUCACUAUUAUGAAAGGCCAUCGAAUUUAGGUCAUAAGCAUGUUUACAGCAAAAGAGCUGCUUUCAACUUUGGAAACCCAUCGAACACUUAUCAAUCUAAUUCGAAUGCAUAUUUUACAUGCCCUUGUCCCUUAAAAAAUGAUGCACUUUACACACUUCAAAGCACCGCAAUUAAUGAAAGGACACCUCAGACCUCCUUUAAUAAUGGAUCCAUAGCUAAUGAACCUUAUACAAAUAAUAAAUCAUCUAGACAAACAGAUUAUGAUUACCCAAUGGAAAUAUGCGAACGAAAGAGUCAACCAUAUCGAACCCAGAAACCAUUCAACGAACCUACCAAGUUUGUUACCGGCAGUCAAGGAAAAAGCAAUUACCCAAUAGCGGACAAUAAGAAUCAAAGCCUAAAUGAGAGUUUUAAUAGAUCAUGUUUGAAUUCCCAGUGCAUUAGAAAUACUCCCCAGAUGCAGAAUUGUCAACAGAAUGUUUCGACAAGCCAGCCAAAAACGGAUUCACAUUAUAGCCAGAAUUCAAAAACAACAUCAAAUUCAGAAAGACAUGCUCCCAAGGAAAUACGCAUGGGUCAGCAAUAUUUUCCUGGACCAGAACAUGGACAAAGAAAUGGAGGAAUAACGAUUCAGGACCGCAAUAAUAUUUGUCAAGAAACUUAUACAGCAUAUGAAGGAAGUGGUGUUCAAGAGCCUGUACAAAUAUGUAAUAAUUCAACUUGCCCAUAUGCUUUAGAAUACUUUAAAUCAUGGAACAGUCAGAUUAACCCCAACUCGAACAGCCUUGAUCAAACGGAAAUCGCACCGAGAUACAAUCCUGAAUUUCCAGAUACGCAAACGGGAAGAGAAAAUGGGAUUGCGCCUAAUUCAGAAAUAUGCAAACGACCCGAGCAUUGCCCAUAUGAAAACAAUCGAGGAGUAGUAACCUUCCAAGUCAGCGAUCAAUCCUGUAAUACUCUUAAUAGAGUCAAAAACUAUGAAGACCCUACACAAGCAUGCGAUAAUCCCUCUUGUCCAGAAGCCGGUCAAUUGCCCAGUUCGUGUGAAAAUCCAGUUUGCCCGAAAGUUAAUAGUGCUAUUUAUUAUUCUAAGGAAAACUACCAGCAAGAGGGCAACCCGUAUUAUUCAAAGGAAAACUACCAACCAGAGGGCAACCCGGACUCUGGUCUUAACGAAACUUUUCCAAAGACUGGCCCCGAUUAUAAUUACGAAGACUUUUGCGGAAAUCCAUAUUGUUCGGCAAAGAAUACAAUUAUAAAUGAUACAGCUAGAUCUGAACCAGGCGAAGAUUGUCAGAAACCCAAAGAUCCUUCGUUGGACUACGCAAAUGAACCUGAAAGAUAUUCUAACAGGAAUUCCCAUAAACAUCAGACCGAUAAAGUUUUGAAUCAACAAGUUGGUUCUAAUAAUCCUAGGAGCCAAAGGACUAAGCAUUAUUUCCAAGCUGCGAGGUGCUCACCAAAUUGCCCUUUCAAUCAAGGUGAAAUAAGACACGGAGGUCCUCGCUUUACAGUAGUGAAUAGACACAGAAGAGAUAAAAUGGUACAAGGACAUCGAACCAGAAACGACGACGACUAUGUUUUAUGCGCAAAUGAAAAUAGUCCCGAAAUACAGCGAACGUAUAGGGAACCGGAAAUUAGGAAUUCUUCACAGAUGUUCCCGUCCAGAAGAACCCAACUAGAGCAAUACCCACAACACGAAGUCGAAGGAAAUUCCUGCAUUGAAGAUUGUCCCUAUCAAAAGUCUUUUCCCAAUCCAAAAAUUAGAAAGAACACAGGGGCUUCAACGUGCGCCAAUUCGAGUUGUCCAGAUAAUUUAACAUAUAAAGUAGGUUCGAACAAUGAUAUCCACUCUCCACAAAAUAGACUUAUAUCCCGAACUUGCAAUGUUGAAAAAAAUACAAAAGGGAAUAAUUCUAAGAAUUCAGAUUGCACUGAUAAGAAAGAUUUCAAUAAUGAUAGAAAACAAUAUCCAACAAACGCCAAAGUAGGCAGUUCGGAAAAGAAGUGCGGAAAGGAAUUUUGUAAAAGUACAAGAGAAAUUAAUAGGACACGGAAUGAAAGUGGAUAUGGGGAUAGUAAGUCGCGUAAAAUCAGUUCUGCAGGACGAUCACCUCAAAGCGAAAAAAAAACUAAAGACGCAGAAAAAUCUCCAUUUCCAGAAUACGAAUUUCAGGAACAUUCGGGAUUAUAUGGUGAGAAUUGUUAUAAUCGGCAGCGAUACGAAUAUAUUCCCCAAAAUCACACUGCUUAUAAUUUUCCAGUCUGUGAGAAUCCAAAAUGCCCUGAAAGAUUGGGAGAGCCUUUCCUCCAAAAUGGGGAGAUCGAAUAUAUGACAAAGGUGCCCGGUAAUGUACAUUGUCUUAAUAAUCAGGGUACUUAUAGAAUUCCUAAAGAAUGUGAAGCUACGAUCAAUAACUCACGUAAAGUGACUUCUGAAAGGCAGACAGCAUAUAGUGAACGAAACACAACCGGUCAAACAAAUUUUCAAAGGAAAAAUGACGAUAUGGAGGUACAGCGCAAAAAAGCCGCAGAGUUAAACGCUAAAAGUUGUAAUCACCGGCUAAAAGCUAAUGAUCUUGAAGUAUGUAAUAAUCCAACAUUCCCAGAUAGACUAAAAGAAACCGUAGGUAACUGUCAUUGUCCAAAGAAAAAGGGUAUUUAUUGGACAAACGAAAAGAUGUUAGAGGCUCGGGAAAAGGAUCAGUGUGAUGUAAGCUACGAUUCAGAGUCAUGUUUUGAAGAUUGUCCCUACCGUCAUCGAGUUCUCUUCACCGAUCUUCGUAAAUGCAAAAAUAAUUCCAAGAAUAGGGGUCGUCAAAGUAGUGGAAAAUCAGAUGAUUACUAUAAUGAUCAGAUUGAAACUAGAGUCUGCCACCCAUGCAAGAUUUAUGUCCCUCUUAAAAAGGAUCGUCAGGUACUCCAUAGGCACUGUAAUUUACCUAAGGCUGAAGCAAAACAAAUGCACAAAUCCAAAGAAAACUCGGUGGUAAGAACUGUCUGCAUUACUCCUGAAAUACCUGCACCAGUUUUUGCCCAAAACAGACAUAAUCCUCUAGUCACAGAUCCCAGUUUAAACAGCUACGACAGGCAUAUUUUGAAAAAUUUCGAAAAAUUCAAAGAGGAGGAGAAAAAGAAAUCUGGAAACUGUGCCGAAGAGUGCCCAUUCCUUGGUAUAAUUGAAGACAAAUCCCUAAUAUUGAAAUCUUCCUCUGCUUGCAUAUGUGAAAUAGAAUCCCAAAAUCACUUCAUUUCAUGGAAUUGCAAAAGUGACGAAUUAAUAGAAGACAAAGAUACGAAAGGAAAGAAAUCGAAAUCCUCCAUAUUUAGUAGUUGCUUGAAACCACCGAAAAAUGAUAAUGAAUCAAGGACUGAGCAGGGAACAGCAAUUGGAAAUGAAAAAGCUCUUUCUAAAUCGAAACCUGAAGAAAAAACUCCUUCAAGAUCGAUUUCCAAUAACAAUAAAAAGGACACAACCCCUCCAGCGAAAAAAAAGGAGGAUAGGGCUUCAAAAUCUAGGGGACUUGCAUGUUUUCAACGAAUAGAAAAACCGAAGGAGAAGUUCAACCAAAGAGAAAGAAAAUCCCCUUCACAAACAAAAUCAGGCGGGUUUCUCUGUUUCAAAACAUACCACAAACGGCCGCAGGAUGAAAACUUGGAAGAAAAAUCGCUAAGGGAAACUAAUGUAAAACCAGCCAAAGCUAGAAAUGAUCAAAAUAUUAUAGAAGAAAGCCGUAAAAAGUCCGAGCGUAGCGGAUUUUUCACUUGGUGUAGAAAACCGCAAAGACCAAAGGUUUAUGACAGACAAAUAGAGGAAGUGCCCGCGGGUACAGACUGUACUUGUAGUCACCAUCCACCUUACCACGAUGAAGACGUUCCCAUUCCGAAAUCUGAAGAUCCCUUCCGCUGUCCAUGCGCCCCCGAAGAAAUCGACGAUGGCGAGGUUAGAGUCCUAUAUGACUCCAGUUUCCGAUUCCAGAAAGAAAACUGCAGCUUGACAGAAGUCCCGAACUAUACACAUAACGAUCCUCAAUACGCAGGACAGAACACGGCGGAGAUCAAGGAGCAGGAGGUCAGUUACUGUCCAUGUGCCAGUGCCAAUGGGUUCUACAAAAUUGUGCGGUAGAUAUGAUUGAGAGUUUCUUCGAAAACAUGUAGAUUUUCGAGAAAAUUCUCAAUCAUAAUUACUUAAAGUGGGCAACUUGAGACUAGUACCAAAUUCAUAAUAUUAUUUG